GGCGAAGUGGCGAAACAGGUUCCAGAGUAAAUGUUUAAUUCACAUUUAAAAGGGUGGGGGAUUGUGUUCUUUUGAGUGUAUUAAUAAGCUUGGAAGAGGUGUGCCGGUUGUUUUAUUGUACUGUAAUUUGUGACUAAAAUUACAGUGAAAGCAUAAUUAUAAUACUAUGCUGUAAAUGCUUAGUUUGUGAUAAGUUGUAUUGUCAUUUAUCUCACGCAGCACCAAAUUUAUCUGCCCUUCAUCCCUGUUGGACCCCAGGUGGGCGCUUCAGAUUUAUCAGUGGCACCAGUCUGAGAUACUGAUGGUGACUCUUCAGAGACAAGUCUGUGAAAUAUUUUGUUUGAACCAAAGGUAGAACCAUCAGUAACAGAGAGAAUUGAUGAACCCCCCAAAAGAUGGAGACCUUCAGAGACAAGACUGUAGAUGAAUUGAAAGAACUACAGGAAAAUUUGGAAGAGAUUGAGCGGUUGGCAUUGGAGUCUGAUGAGGUCCAGGAUAUACAGUUGCAAAGGGAGAUGGCUCUGGCCACAAAUCGUAGUCUUGCAGAGCAAAACCUGAAGUUCCAAGAGCCCCUGGAAACAGGACGUGCAAACCUCUCUGACGGAUAUCAAGAGCUGCAAAAACUGAUAGAGCGAUGCCAGGAGCAGAAGUCAAAGCUUGAGCAAUUCUCAGCAGCAACAAAGCCUGAUACCCUGUUAGAUCUUCUGAAGGUGGAAGGACUCAAAAUUGAAGAAGAAUCUGAGAUGAUGGCUGAGAAGUUCCUGGAGGGGGAGGUGCCUUUGGAGACAUUUCUUGAGCAGUUUUCUACCAUGAGGAAAUUAUCUCAUCUACGACGAGUAAAAGUGGAAAAACUUCAAGAAGUGUUGCAAAAAUCUCAGUCCUUGCCGGAGCCAGCAGAUAGCAAUGAAUUUAACCACCAGUCUCCUUCCCACAUAUCUUCUGGACCUAUAAAUCAGCAGCCACAGAAGCGUUCAGCUGGGGAACCACCCUUUCCUUUACCUUAUGGUCUAUCACCUUGUAUUCCAACAGGCCCUUCAGCUUAUGGGGCUCUCCAGCCAAGGCCCUUUGGAGGAGCACCAGUCACAGUGGGACAUGUUGCCUCCUCUCAACCAAGUGCCCAGCCCCCAUUUCCAUAUAAACCACCCUCAGGUCCUGGAUACCCAUCUGUUCCUUCAAGUAAUCCAGUAUCCCAGCCUCAAACAGGAGACCUGCCUUCAUCCAGGUACUCUUGGUCUCCAUCCAGAACAUCAUCUUCUGGACCAGGGUAUCCACAGCCUCCUCUCAGGGCUCCGUCAGUAGCGCCAGGAUUUCCUCAGCCUAUGCAGCCUCCCUAUUUUCCAUCAGGAGGAAGGCCACUAUGUCCUUAUCCCACUCAACCUUCAGCGACUAGCUUCCCUGUUCCGCCCCAGCCUCCAUAUCCCCCAGAUCCAGCUCCAUCUUUUGGAUAUCUGCCACCACCUCUUCCCCCUCGGGGCAAUACUUGGUCUGGAUAUUAGACCAGCUUUCUAGGCAGUAUUUUACAUGGUAGCUGAUGAAAUGAUGUCUUGCUAGCUAAUCAGCCCCAAGAUGAAAAUUGGGGAGGGUCAUCCUGAGAAACAUAUAUACAGAAGCAUUACACUGAUGGAAUAAAUGAUGGAAUAAUACUGGCAAGAGCUGCAAAGGAAGGCCACUGUUUGAUGGUUUGUAGGUAUAGUGAUGGUAGGCAGCCUUAAUGGAAUCAGUAUUGGCCAAACAUUCAGUUCAAGCCAUAGUAUAAAAUACACACAAAGACCCAGAGCUUUUAUCAUGGCAUUGUGCUUGCUAAGCUCUUUAAAGAAGACUUAAUGGACAGCAACCUCGAUCUGGUUUUGUGUGUGUGUGCGUGUGUAGGCGUGUGUGUGUAGUUUUCUAAUUUAGUAUAUUAGAAUAUAUUAAAAAGUUGUAUAUACCUAUAUUCUUACAGAGAAUCUGAUGGAGAAAUCAGUUACGCUUUUCUGAUGUAAAACAUGAUUUCUAAGGAAGAAGUCUAAAGUGUCUCUUGGCAUUAGGAAGUACCUCCUCAACAAUAAUGAUAUGUUUGCUAACUCCACAAAGAAAGAAAGAGUCUUCUCUGCUUGCUCAUAGCUAUAGCAGAUUACCAAACAAUUGUGGAUGGAUAUUCCCAUAUGGAAGGCUUGGAGAACCCUUGUCAGUCUAAGGGAGCAUGUUUCUUCAUAAAACUGCAUUAACAGCACUGGAUGAGGUCAGCACCAAAGGCCAAAACUAUUUUGCUCCGUUAUUCUUGCCAUCCCCCCAAUUUUGCAAUGUGUGUUGAGAGCUUCCACAGAAUCCACAAAGUGCUCCUCUCAUCCUAUGCUGCAUUUUUUUUUAAAAAAAGGUGCCAUUGUUUGGAUUCUCCUCUUUCUUCCAUAACAAGUUAACUUGUACUUUCUUGAUUUCAUACCAUGGAACGAGACUUAACCAUGACUUCUUCAGUCCAUAGGUUACCCUUUGAACAGUUGCUCUGUGAUUUUGUUUGACCUAAGCAACUUGUGAUCUUGGCAUUGCUUGGUAGUUGGUUAGCAUUAUUGACCAAUAGAAAGCCAAAUCACUAUGCAUUAUUUAUAUUGAGGAAUAAAUGACGUAAUGUCCUACCUACAUUAUUGAGUGUGACAACCUUCUCAGGAAUUUGGAUUUGUAGGUUUCAUCAUAUCCAGAUCCUUUUCUUUAAUCUUUUAAUUUUACAGAGAAUAUAGGAAACGGAGGCAUUUCCCUUCUUUUUGUUUAUUGUUUCACUUUGGUUGAGAAGAAGAAACACUGGCUGUCAAUUAAUAGGGUGCAGGGGAUGUAAUGGAAAACAAAAUAGUUUUGCUAAGCACUUUAUCCUCUUGCUUGUCUGUAAUUUAUUUUUUAAAAAUAAACAAUAGAUUUGACUGACUUUCAGAUUUGAUGGAAGCAAUUGCAUAUAUGUAAUUGAUUAUGGUAAUAAAAUUUGAUGAACUGCA